UAAAAUAAUAUAACCUUUAUAUAUACUAUUAUCUCUUUAUUUUUUAGAGAGAUAUAAAAAAGUCGAAGAAUAGGUAUCAAAGCUUCGUUAUCAGUAGCCAGUAGCCGCGAAUCGCUGUUUUUUCUUCUUCACCCUUUCACGAACUCUCGUGUCCGUUGUUUUUUUUCUUUCCCCUAUCGGGGUGGGGAGAGAAUUGAGUAGCAGCGUAAAAAUCGUAUUCUUGCGUCUGUGAUCGUCGCGGGUUCUAGUCGGUAAAAGAACAAAUAUAGAAGAGAGAAAGAGACAAAGAAGAAAAAAGAGAGCGAGAGAAAAUAAAAGUUAACAUAGUGUUUAGUUCGUGACAGUAGUGCAAUGGCGAAGAAAACAUACGAUUUGCUGUUUAAGUUAUUGCUCAUCGGUGAUUCCGGCGUUGGCAAAACGUGUAUAUUGUUUAGAUUUUCGGACGACGCCUUUUCGACUACCUUCAUUUCGACAAUAGGAAUUGACUUCAAAAUCAAAACGGUCGAAUUGAGAGGCAAAAAAAUCAAGUUACAGAUAUGGGAUACCGCUGGCCAAGAGCGUUUUCACACUAUCACAACUUCGUACUACAGAGGAGCGAUGGGAAUAAUGCUUGUUUAUGAUAUAACGAACGAAAAGACUUUUGAAAAUAUUGUCAAAUGGUUGAGGAAUAUCGAUGAGCAUGCCAAUGAGGAUGUAGAAAAAAUGAUAUUGGGAAACAAGUGCGACAUUGACGAGAAACGAGUUGUCAGCACGGAAAAGGGCGAAGCGAUAGCGAGAGAGCACGGUAUCAGAUUUAUGGAGACAUCGGCCAAGGCGAAUAUCAAUAUUGACAGAGCAUUCAGCGAGCUGGCAGAAGCAAUAUUAGACAAAACCCAUGGCAAAGAGCCUCAAGAUGCGCCGGAUCGGGUCACGGUGGAUCGCAGAGUUGAAAGAAAUUCGAAUCGGUGCUGCUAAUUUUUAACACUAUUUAUUUAAAAAAAAAAAAAAAAAAAAAAAUCGAAUGAAAAAAAAAUUUGAAAUCGCAUAAACCAUAUUUAAACUCUCGUGCCAGUUGAAUUAGAUUAAUCGUGGCUAGGGCUUAGUCGCGUUAACGUCGCGUCUUUUUUCUGUUGCUAAUAUUGUUAUUUUUUGCAUCAAUGUGAAAAAAAAAAACAAUUCAUCUCUCUCCCUCUCGCUCUCUCCUCUCUCUUCGUGGAACGCUGCCCUGCACAGUAUCGCGUGCACGCACACAUGCAUACAUUAUCCUAACACUAUUUUGCACCGACCGCUUAUUCGAUUUUCGAUGAUUGCCUCGAAAUUCAAUACAAUCGUAAGAUUCCCCACUCGAAGGGUUUUUUCAUGCGUUUCAAUGCGAAUGUAUUAUUCUUGACAGGAACUUUUUUAAUAUAUGAUGAUUCGAUAAAUUUUCGACUAAAAACUUUGCAUUUGCGACUUUUUAAACAUCGAUUUUCUACGAUAAUGAUGAUGAGUGUUUAUACGCUAGUUAUUUGAGAAAAAGAGCAACGAAAUAAUUUUCCUUAUCCCCGUACCGUACCGACCGAAUUUGAUGGUUUAUUCCAAAUUCUUAAGGAUUUACCGUAAUGUCCCCGAUCGUUGAGAUAAAUUAAAAAUAAUAUCGUACAAAUAAAAUAAAAAGAAAAUCCUCAUUGUAAUUUUGCAGGGAUACCAAUCCGAAAAUCGAAUGUUUUUCGUCAAAAGAAAGUAAACUCUUAAUGCAUCUAGUCCCUGAGAGAGUAUAAACUUUUUCAAAGGUGUUUUUUAUAUAAUAAUAUACGAUAAUAAAAAGAUGAGGGAUUAGGGAGAGAGAGAUAGAAAAGAAAUAUUGAAAAAGGGGCAAAUUGUGUAUUGAGCCACGAAACUUGGCAAUAUAUUUCGUCCGGAGGGAGCUCACGGAUUUUCGUCACUUCGUUAUUUUUUAUUUCGAUACGAGAAGAGCUUCUCUGUCCUACCAGCUGUAAGAAAUAAUUUACUAUUAAAUAAUAUAAAUGUA